CACAGAGAGGUGGUAAAAUUGUAAAUCAAACAAAUGAUAGAACACCUGCAUCUGCAGUAACAAGAAAUCUUACACAAACCAAACCAUUGGAUGAAGUCUUAAUAGAAAGUGAUGAUAAAUUCCCACUCACUGAUCAACAAAUUUUACCAGACGAUAUUCAAGAAUCAAAUGAAUUAAUUGAAUUCAUCAAAACUAUUUCACCGAAUUCAAGAUUAUGGAAGAAUAAAGCUUGUUCAAUUGUACAUGCAACACUGUCUCAACUUCUAGAUGAUUUAUUUAUUUGUUGGAAUGAGAUUUAAUUAGAAAAUGAAAUGAUAUUUACUUAAUUUCUCUGUGAACUUUAGUUUUAUUCAAGUACAAUUUGUAUUUUUAAAUAAGUCUCUAAUGUUCAAAAUGUCUUGAAAUAAUUUAACUUUAUCAGCUCACAGAUACAAACCUUAAAUUCCUUCAAAAGUCAAUAAUAAAACUUCUAUAUAAGUAUGAAUUGAAUAAGUUAACAAAGUGAAAUAUCACUCACACUCUUUGAUGUUACAAACUGAAUCAACAUUACCAAGGUAAACUUAAUAUAAGUACAUACUACUUCUGCUUAAACAAGGUAACUUGGAAUUUUCUUACGACUAACGAUUUUAAUAAAUCUAACUAUUCUUGCUAGACCAGUUCUACACAACACUACAAAGAUUUUUUUCGGAAUUGUUAUGUCUUUUUGCCUUGUCGAUUAUCACAUGACGAGAUCGUCAAUAAGAACACCGACCUAUACGACCUUGACACCGUGCCAAACCAAUGACACGUUAACCAACGCGAUCAACCUAGAGUCAACUCUGA